UUCAGAACACGUAUUUACAAAUUAGCGGACUUCCUGGGCGUCAAACGUUAUUUGUCAGGCGACACUGUUGCAUCUACAGCAUCACACUCUCCGCAGAGUUUGUUUCAGUUUUGAAUGAGGUUCGCCGAAAGCCGCCUCUGAGUCAGGUAAGAGUUGUCAUCUGACGUAAAGAAGCUUCAUCCAGCUGAUCGUAAUGGUGGUUUAUGUAUUUUAUGUGUCUGCUCCUCUAGAGAUGGAGAAACUAGAGACCUCAGAGCUUCAGUCUAGACUGUCAUCCCUGUCUGUUUCUUCUUUCCCUGGUAUAACGUCCAAAAACUGUGAAGCGAACCCUUUAAACAGACUUCAAAGCACAGACCUUUCCCGGACGGUGACCCAGCCGGACAACCGAACUAACAUGGACGAUAACAGCAACGAUAGAGAAUCUGCGAAAACCACCGAGGAGCCCAGCGCGUCUCCGGGGAAAGCAGAGGCGGGUGACCCACAGGAGAGCAGUACUUCACACCCCGGGGAGAAGAAAGCUCUUCCUCCGAUGAAGCCAGCGUCCACGUGGACCUCCGCAGCCCUGAAGGAGCUGAAGACGAAGCUGCGUCAGGAGAAGGACAGCGUGGUGACGGUGUAUCGCGGAGACAUCAUGACCGUCCACGUGCCCACCGUCCCCGAGGCCAAGCGCGUAUGCUGGGAGUUCGCCACCGACGGCUACGACAUCGGGUUUGGGGUUUACUUCGACUGGUCUCCGGUCACUAGCCGAGCCAUUACCGUCCACAUCAGCGAGUCCAGUGACGACGAGGAUGAAGACGAUGACCUAGAAGGCCCCGUGGUUCCCGGAGAUGUCGAGAAGGGCUCUAAAGCGGUCGCCAACUCGAACUUGGGAGAAAUCCUGCCCGUGUACCGUCAGGACAGUCACCUGGCCGUUCAGAGCGGGAGCCACGAGUUUCCGGGAGAAGGAACGUACCAGCUGAAGUUCGACAACUCGUACUCGCUGUGGCGGAAUAAGACUCUGUACUACAGAGUGCACUACAGCGCCUGACGAUUGAACAGGAAACUUUCAGUGAUGCUCUUUUCCAUCGUAUGUAUUAAAUUACUGUGUAAUUCUCGCUAUUGUUGAUUUGUGCUUUUCGUUUCACCCAAGCCCUAUCAUAGUUCAAAAAACGACUUUCUAUAUAUACGAAAUGCGUUUUUUCACGAGGCUCGCGAAUACGUGCAAUGUGUUUUAUGUGGCUUAAAGAUGUUACGCGCGAAGAUGAUAUAUUUCAUAUAAAAGGUCCGCAUGUGUUUUAUAAGUGUAUCGUCGGACGCCACAACAGAUAUCAGGGACUACGGAGUAAUCAGGGAAAGUGUAUGGGGUGGCGAAGCGGGUCAAGUGCUUUUCACGCUGUUCGAAACUAUUCAAAGGCAAACAGGGAAGGAGAGGAAGUCGACGUGGACGAUUCAGGGAAUGACACACGAGUGUUUUCUGUUUCUUUGGGUGUUUUUGUUGUCACUGAGCAGCGCGCCGGAGCGCUUUCUCAGCCGCACACACACACACACACACACACACACACACACACACACACACACACACUGGAAGCCACGGAUAGUUGGGAUGCUUUUUUUUUUUUUUUUUUUUUUUUUUUUUUUUUAUGGCGGCCGCAUGCUGCACCGAGAUGGUUAUCAAUGCAGUCGCCAGGGUUACUGCUCAUGGAAAUGGUUAAAGCCGGCUUUUUUACAACUUUAAACCGUAUCCUGUUACAAAAGCUAAUUUGUUGCAUAACCGAACCAAUAUUUGCAUGCCCCGGGCAUGAUUUAUGUCCGUGUCGACGCAAUGCAGGUGGCCCGUUGAAGGUUUUAUUUAUGUUUAUGUUCUUAGCUGAUGGCUUUUUAACAAGAUAAAUGACAAAACUACCUUUUUUUUUUAUUUUGCUUCCAUCACGUGCAAUAUGCCACACUAAGUGCUGCCGGCAGGGGUUGUAGUAUAGUAUUUAGUUUGGUUUUAAUACAUUUAUAUGAAUACCAAAUCACACUGCAAAUGCACAUCGCGCGAGUUUCUCUGCGUACCUUAAUUAUUUGCAUGUCUUGAGAGACUGUUGCAUUGUGCUGCUGAGGUACUCGAUUCUGCCAAUGUGUUUAUCUGCUUGUCCUUCUCUGUAUCUUUUUGCUUUCUGUAUGAUAUGCAUAUGUUAUGUUUGUCGUCCUUUUUUUGUUUUGUUUCUUUUGCUGUUUGCUGUUCACAAUAAACGUUGACGGUGAGUUGA